GUUUUGCUUGAAGCAAAUCGUUGAAGAGACAGCUACUUCUUCUCUUAGAUAUCCUUUCAAGUUGGAUGGUUGUAGACACACAGCCUCAGGCCAAGGUAAUAGAGUGACUGGACUCAGGCCAAGGACUGCGCAGGAAUCCUAGAACUAGAAAGAUCGCGGAGUACUUCGGGUUCUGUUAAGAAACCUGUACAAGAGACUGUAUCGGAAACCUGUACAAAAAACUGUAUCGCAAUGAAUACUAGAACUAGGUAUUUGCAUUCAUGUUCAUGUUGAUGAAUACUAGAACUAGAGGACGAACUACUAGACUAGAAUCUAGUAUGAUGAGAAUUAGAGGAAGAAGCUUGCUAUCGUUACAGCUACCUGUACAACACUUGCACAUAAGAUGUUAGACUUAGAGGCGGGAAAACUGUACAACACUUGCACAUGCGAUUUUAGAAGUUGAGGUUCGUUACAGCUACCUGUACAACACUUGCACAUUUCCAGUGAUGUCUAUUUCUAUGGAUUAAGUACUUUCCGAUUCCGAUGAUAUCGUUUGCUACUAUUAAGUAUGUAAGUACCGCUUUCUGUGGUUUACUUGAGUGGCAUUUAUCAACGGUUAAACUUGCACAUUUCGCGACUCUUUGACUGAUGCACACUUACAGAAAGAACCAAGAAGAAGGAUGAUGGCCUCUACACAAAGCUGUAGGUGGUCGCUCACACCAAAGAAGAAGGAGAGCCUACACAAAGCUGUAGCAAAAGACUGUCUAACCGUCAGCAGAACGGAGUCCACACUUCCAUGAAGAAGCAAAGGAAAAGGCUUUCAACCCGCAAAAGGUUUAGCAUACAGAGCUACAGAAGUUAUGCUUGAGUCUCAAUGAUAGACUCGUUGGAAAGCAAAGAAGAGAGUGUUCAUGAUUGGAUUCUUUUUAGCAUUCUGAGUGAUGAAUGAAUGCAUCUCGGUUCGCUUCGCCUUGGGUCGCUUCGCCUGCGCUUUUUGUCAGCGCCGUGCGUGUAGAUCUAGCAAAGGCGCCCUAUCCUAUGUAUCCUAUCUUAUCCUAUCCUAUCGAUUCAAUAUCAAUCUUUGUAGAAGUCGGUUAUUUUCUGUUCAUCCAAGUAGGUACUCCAGUCAGACGCAAAUGAAGGCAUGAUAUUUCUCGGUGUUUUCAUUGCGGCUGCGAGCGUGAAUGAAAAUUUCAGGACCACCAGGUGAGACCCAACCCUAGAUCAUACCCUCUCGAUCUGUGCUAGAGCAACAAGUGAAAGGGUGUUUUCUCCACCGCUAGAGCUUGG